UCUAGCUUCAAAAUGGCGGACGAAGUGUUCCGAAACUAAGAAAUGUUUUUCUGUUGUUUUUCCCCCUCUAUUUCUUUACUAAAUGCCUCAAAUUUAGUAGCGUCUGAGGAUUUUUAAACUCAAAAUGAUUCGUUUGAGUGCUCUAAACGAUGAUUCAAGCGAUGAAAGUGAACCCGAGAGAACUCAAGAAAGCAUCAAACAAGCUCAGGAGGCAGAGGCAUUAGAGCUGUAUAACAAAGCUCUGGGAUACCAGCACUCUGAGGACUACAUUAAAGCUGAAGAAACUUAUAACUUACUCCUGUCAUCAGAUUUAGUCAAAGAGGCUCCUGCACCAGAAGAAGACGAAGAGCUUAAGCAUCCAGGUCAGGUGUUGAAAUACUCUGCUUACAAAAACCUUGCAGUUUUGGCAGAAAACAAAGGAGAAUAUGAAAAAGCUACAGAUGCCUACCUGGAGGCUGUGUUAUUAGAUGACUCAGAUGUGACUGUCUGGUACCACAUUGGAAAGGUUUUCAUGAAGUCUUUUAAUCUAAGUUUAGCAAGGCAGGCAUUUGAAGAGGGUCUCAGGUGUAACUCCAAACACUGGCCAUGUUUGAAUGAGUUGUGUACAGUUUUGUAUGCCAUAGGAGACUAUGCAACUUGCCUGGUCAUGAUUGCCAAUGCUUUGGAAAGGGACGAAAAUUAUCUUAAAGGUCUUGCCUUAAGGGACAAAAUAUUCAAAGAAGAAGCGUAUUUAAAAAGAGACUACAAGCACUUAAGAGCUCUCUUUGUAUCAUUUAUUGGUGAAGAAGAUGCAGUGGAAGCUUCAAAGUAUGUACAGGAAGCUCUAAAACUAAGAGAAGAAAGACUUAAGUUAAUAGAAGCAGAUAAGGCAGAUCCCCUGCCCAUUGAUCCUGUCAAACCCUUGACAUCUUACACUUGGGCUUCACUAGGAGAAUGUUUUGUGGUAUUGUAUGACCACUUGACCUCGCCAGAUAAUCCACAGUCACUGGGACGAACUGUUAACCUAGAGGACUAUUACAAGGCCAUAGUCACACCAGACAUAUCCAUGCCCCACAAAGCAUCUCUUGCCAAGGCUGCUGCUACUGCUGACAACCUUGCUGGAUCUAGUUUCUCAACUGAAGGAUUUGGUGUUUAUAAGAGUACAGGCUCAUCAGAUAAUGAUGAGAAAAUCAAGAAAGCUACCAAAAGAAAGAAGCAACCAACUAAUGGGCUAGAAAAUGAUUUUCCUCCAAAAAGGCGUUCAGCUAGGGUACGUACCAGCAAAAAGAAAGAAGAAGACAUCAACUACAAGGACUUGAUUCAACCAUUUAUGCCUUUCCCUCUAAGGUCAAUCAUCCUUGCUGAAGAUGAAAGCAGUCAAGACAGCCUUAAUGACAGUCAAUCUAAUUUUCAAAAAGGUAGCCAGCCAGUGAUGUCUCAGGAUGGAAAAGCCCCAGACAAAUCAACUUUUGGUCAAUCAAGUGAAUAUGGUAAUGUAAUAUCAGGAGAGGCAGAGACUUUAGAUGUUUUAACAUUUGUGAAGGACUACAUGACUAAUGGUGGUAUUAUUGAUUUGAUGAUCAAGUUUGGUGUUCGUUUAGCUGCUCAACGAAACAAGAAGUGGCCCUCAGCUUUAGCAGAUGUCUUUCUUAAAGUGUACUCAAGGCUUCGUAAGCAUGUCAUCCUGCCUUCAGAAUUCGUACGAGAUCAAGAUGAGACCUACACAGCAGAAUUGGCGAAGCUCAUUCUAGUUGCCACAGAAUUGACACUCGACAAACUCCUCACCGCCAAAUCCAAGUCAUCCUCAAGUCUGUCGCCAGCAAGCUCUCCGAGAGGCGGCGCGACUGGAGUGUCGCCAAUGAAUGUUGGCCCAGGAAUCUCUAACAAGUUUUUGGCCACUGAUGUAGAGUAUCUACAUUGUAUUGCAUUGGACAGAAGUAUCCAUGGUGACAAUUGGCUGGAAAUGGCUAUCAGAGUUAACUGGGCAAAGGCCAGAUAUCUAAUGCUCCAGGGACAGAUGGAAAUAGCCAUGCUCUACCUUGACAGGUGUACUAAGCUUCUUGCAGUCGAAGUCAGUCCACUUGCUGAACCAAUCACUGUAAAGCUGGUGAACUGCAAGAUUGAUAAUAAUAUUACACUUGAAAACGUUCACAAGAAACUUGAAUCACUACAGCGAUGCCAGUCCCUCGAAGAAGUCCAUCGUCUGUAUGAGCUGGGACAGUAUGAAGACGUUGUACAGCUGUUGAUUCCUACACUACACCAGCCGCAGCCUAAAACCAAGGCUAGUGAACUUGGUAUGUCGAUACCUGAACGUCCUGCUCAGCUACUGCUGUUACAAGAUUCCUUAAUAAAGCUGAAAGACUACAAGAAAUGUUUGGAAUGCACCGAAGUCGCACUGAAUGAAGCGGUAUCGCAGAUGAGUCCCUGCGAAGCUUGGUCCACCACUCUAUUACGACUUUUCCAAUGCGUAAAUACUUGUAUCGAUGAAUCGAAGUCCAUUCUGGAGGGUUUCUCACAAGUUAAACUCCAAAGUCUUACUCUCAAUAUUAUCAAGGUUAUCGAAGCAUCCAUUUACUCUUCGGAUGUUAGUAUGGAGCCACCAUUAGCCUCGGCUUUUCCUUGGGUUUUGCUUUGUAAGAUCAUUAAAAGUAAAGAAAAUGAUGAAGAAAUGGAAGUUGACCCGACACCAAAGCACAACACCCCGGUGCUAACAUCAGUAGACAGUCCUGUUCCUAUCGUCGGUGGAAUAUCUGACAACAAUACUGACGCUGUUGGCUCAACAAAUGAUGCGCCUGCGGUGUCAAAUACGUUGCGUUUCCUUCGGACUGCGCAUGAUCAUCUUGGAAGGAGAGGCUGGUGUUGUAACAACGAUGGAAUAUUCUUGCUGCUUUGUGUCGAUUUGUUACGAGAACAGCUUUCCAAACCUAAUUUUUCCUCGAGGGAUGAUCUAGUACGAGACCUGGAGCAGUGUUUUCUGUGUUUGUAUGGUCAUCCGUCCAAGAAAGCUAAGCUCCGUGGACUUCAAGAGCACAACUCAUGUCAGAUUCCUUUAACUUGGCGCAACUCUGCUGUAGUCUUUAACUAUUUCAAGCCUCCUGAACUACCAACCUUUGACUCCAAAACCAACACGAUAUCAACAGAGGUUCAAAACCUGAUGCGACGCAUCACACUCGUCGUACCACAACACGAAUUAGAAGCCAUUUCGUUUGAUAAUGUCCAGGCCUUUAUGGAAGGUGUUAACGACGAUGUUCCCAAGCUCCCUGAGAAUCUAGCAACAGUUAAGAGGCCUGUGGUCAGCGAGCUCUUCUAUUUGUUGGCUGAUUUUUAUUUCAAGAACAAAGAAUUCAGCAAAGCACUCAAGUUUUACACACACGACAUCUGUGUCCAGCCUAACAGAUCGGAUUCAUGGGCAGCCAUGGCGUUGAUCAGGAAAAGUCGCCUUGAAAGUAAACUAAACGCGUGUGAGCCCAAGAGUGAAGGACCUAUACAGAAACAUGCGGUAGCUGCUUUGAGGUAA